AUGGCAUACGGCUCCAAGGUCCCAACGGACCCAGCUGCUACUGGCAGUUCACGCUCACGAAUUCCCGACAUCAAACCUCAAGUGGCCUCAGCAACCACCAAUGUGCUAGGUCUUCUGCACGACAACCUACUGCCUUCCUUGAACCUGCACUCGUCUCUCGCACUUCUCGCGUACACCGUUAGCCGUACAACGCGCCGUGUGGAGAUCAAGGACUGGCUAUGGCCAUCUGGAAUGGUCCUCAAUGCUUGGUACCAUGGAAUUAUUGCCCGUAGUUGGGAAACUGGUCUUUCCUAUCGCGAAUCAUUCUCUACUCUUGGCUGGACACAAAAGCUUCUUCUUGGUGGUGUUACGGUUUGGGGUGUUCGACUCUUCAGCCGCAUCGCUAGCCGCAGCAUCAAGCGUGGAAAGGAUGACCCCAGAUAUGAUGACAUGAAUCAGGACACCAGCUUUUGGAACAAGGCUUUCUUCACCGUCUUCCUGCCUGAGGCUGUCUUCCAAGCCCUCAUCUCUCUAUCGUGGUCUGUAGCACUGCAACAGGGCACCAUUAGAAGCCUCGAGGCUACACCUCCUCAGUACGGCGGCUUGCUCCACGGACUUGCAAUUGGCAUGUACACCGCUGGACUCAACAUGGAGGCUCUAGCAGACCAGCAGAUUGCAGAGCACAAGAAGAAGAGCGAUGAUCUCAACCGCAGUGGUGUCUGGUCGAUCGUGCGUCACCCCAACUACCUCGGUGACGCUCUAGUUCACUUCUCUUUCCCACUGCUCCUCUUCGCCAACGGUCUUUUCAAUCCCCUCAGCAUUGUGGGCCCUCUAGCCAACUAUGCCUUCCUACGCUUCAUUGGCGGCGACAAGCAGAACGAAGAAUCUCAGGAGCAGCGCUACAAGACAGAGGCACCCAAGAAGUACGCUCAGCUGGAGGAAUGGCGCGCAAACAAGAACAGCUUUUGGCCUUCUCUAAGAGAGGGUUGGCAGGAGCCUGGGCUUGCUGUUCAGCGGGAGCUGAGGAACCGCCGCCGAAGAAACCGCCGAUUGCGUGACCAAUGGAAGAGCCGACGGCGACACCACUGUUGUUCAAAUGCGGAGCAAAACUUACGCAGCAGUGCUGGCCAUCUGGCCGAAAAGACCGGGGCCGGCGCUCUGCUGGGGUGCAGCGGCGGCUGGGGGAGGAGCGUGUUGUUGCUGAGGAGGGUGGGCAGCAGUGGAGGCCGAGCGAGCCUGCUGGGGAGUGGGUGGCGCAGGACGGGCAGGAGCGGCGGUAGGGCGCCUGGGAGGGGCAGCAGAUCCACGGUUGUUGCGAGGCAUGUUGAUGGUCGAAUUAAGGCAAGAUGUCUUUGUGAGGAGAGGCAUUUGCGCCCACUGGUCGACAACCUUUCAGCCAAUAUCGAUGAUGUGGAAGAAAUACUCGCGCCCCUGAUCAACACUGCCUUGUCCGCUAGCACGAGCAAACUCCCUUUGUUAGACAAGGCCAAACUAUACACACUCGUCACGUACGCCAUCGAAUCACUGCUAUUCUCCUAUCUCCGACUCAACGGUCUCGACGCAAAAACACACCCCGUUUUUGCCGAGCUCACUCGCGUCAAGCAAUAUUUCGAGAAGAUCAAGCUCGCAGAGACUUCGCAUGUCAAGCGCAAUGCCACCCUCGACAAGGCCGCUGCUGGACGUUUCAUCAAACACGGUCUCGCUGGAAAUGACGAGUACGACAGAAAACGCGCCGAGCAACAAGAGCAGGAGAAGAAUGGAGCAAAGCGCAAGUUCGAAGACAUGACCGAGAGAGUUGGCAGUCACUCGCGCUUCGAGGCUAUGAGUAAGAAGAUGGACGCCGACGAGGCCGCUGAAGGAAUCGCCAAAGAAGCCGAUGUUACCGAAUCAGACUCCAAGAAGAAGACCAAGAAAUCCGCUCCUAAGAAGCAGAAGUCAGACAAGGCACCGCGCGGUCACAAAGCUGCCUUCAAAGCGCUGCUACAAGGCCCUCUGCCGACAGAAGAGGAACCAAAGAAAAAGAAGAGAAAGAGCAAGGGCAAGCAGGACACCUAA